GUACUUCUACCAAUUGAUGGAGGGCCUAGAGUACCUGCACAGUCAGGGAAUCAUACACAAGGACAUCAAGCCCGCGAACCUGCUGCUCACCACCGACGAAACUCUGAAGAUCACAGACCUGGGUGUGGCAGAGAAAAUAGAUGUAUUUUCCAAAGAUGAUACUUGCAAGACAAGUCAAGGCUCGCCAGCAUUCCAACCCCCAGAGAUAGCUAAUGGUGAUGAUUCCUUCGCUGGCUUCAAGGUGGACGUCUGGUCGUCAGGGGGAAAGGGGUACAACAUAACAACAGGAUUAUAUCCAUUUGAAGGUGACAAUAUCUAUAAACUGUUUGAGAAUAUUGGUAAAGGCCAGUACACAGUUCCUGACACCGUAGAUGAUAGUUUAAAGGAUCUUCUUAAUGGUAGGUGUUUGUCUUUAUAUGUUGUAACAAAUGUGUUUUUCUUUUAUUAUAUUAUGAGAAUGCUGGCGUGCAAAGCCAGUGAUGAUCUAGUCAGUAUAGCACAGAUAAGACAACACCAGUGGUUCAAGCGGAAACAUGCCAAGGUUGAGGAUCGUGUGUUUUUAUCUGCAUCUUCGGAUGGCGACUUAAUGAGGAGUAUGACUGUGGUGCCAUAUUUAGAGGAUCUCCACUUUGGUACACCAAGUGAGGAAGAAGAAGAUGAAGAACUGGAGAGUGCGGUGGCAGGCAAUCAUCAAGGUCAAGGGGCACUGAAUGACAAGCAGGAGGUGACAACAAGACAGACAGAGAACUCCAAGUCCAACUGUAAGCCAAAGAAAAGAAAGGGGAAGAGCUCUAGUAAAUUUGCAUUUGGAUCCUGCAAACAGUCGUGACAUCAGCUGUCUAACCUGGUUGUUCAUGUUAACUGCUUCUGUGACUUUGUUUAGCAUCGCUCAGCUCCAACUGCU